AACUCUUCAUUCCGCGAGUAGUUACUAAACCAGAGCAAUAUUAUGGCUUAAACUAAAUCUUCAGAAGGAGAUCGCUUCAGCAAAGUACCCGCUGUGGCCGUGAUCGCACGCAAAUUCAAACACGGACUUGCACCAGGCUCGCCCGCAAUGCGUUAAGGAGAAUGUUGUUCGGCGGUUAAAAUGAAUGGUAUCAUGUCUAACUAGAAGGCGACGGAUUGAGUCUCAAGAGUAGAGGCGAUCACAUACAACGUGCUAAGAGGGAAAGGAGAGGUCCGUAACUACUUACCAAGCUACGAAGUUGUAUAUAUAGGUCGUGAUGUCCGAUUUGGGGAGCGGAGAUGAAGGCAUCUCAGGAUCAAAAUAUAAUGUCACAAACAUUGAGGGUUCCUCAAGUAGGAACGAGUUCGAGUCCUCUGUAAAAGGUGGAAGCGGCGUGGAGCAGGAAUUGGCUACCAAAAUGCUUCAAAUACAAUCCAAAAGGUUUUAUUUGGAUGUUAAACAAAAUCGGAGAGGUCGUUUUAUAAAAGUGGCAGAGAUUGGCGCUGAUGGCAGACGAAGCCAAAUUUAUUUGGCUCUUUCAACUGCAGCCGAGUUUCGUGAUCAUUUGUCGUCUUUUAGCGAUUACUAUGCUUCUCUAGCUGUUCAAAAUACAGGCCCCCCAAAUACUGACAAUUUACCAGAGGAUGGUAAAUUGAAAUCCGAGAUGAUGAUAAAAGAUUAUAGGAGAUAUUACUUGGACUUGAAGGAAAAUGCGCGCGGACGAUUUUUAAGGGUGUCACAAACCAUUACAAGAGGUGGACCUAGAUCUCAAAUCGCUCUGCCAGCUCAGGGCAUGAUCGAGUUUCGUGAUGCCCUUACAGAUUUGCUAGAAGAGUUUGGAGCUAACGAUGGAGGCAGGUUUAAAGGAGAUUUGCCUGAAGAGCGGCAUAUGAAGGUGGAUAAUAAAAACUUUUAUUUUGAUAUCGGACAAAAUAACCGAGGAGUCUACAUGCGAAUAAGCGAAGUUAAAAAUAACUUUCGAACUUCGAUAACUAUCCCGGAGAAAUGUUGGAUUCGUUUUCGAGAUAUUUUUAAUGAUUAUUGCGAGAAAAUGAAAAAAUCGUCCGACUCAAUUACUGCCGAAAUUAAUCUACCGACAUCCUCAAAUAGUCUUAAAUAAAAAAAACAUCCCGUGAUUUAUGCAAUCGUAUAAGAAGGCAUCAAAAAUACAUAAAUAUAUGUCGGUUGACCAACACAAAAUGUAUAGCUUGAAAUGUCUGACAUAACUAAGCUCAGAAAUAUGCGAAUGAUUAGGCUUGAAUGACACACAAAAAUAUAUUUAUUUAGUAGCAUUUAGAGAAAUAUGAGUUAGUAUUAUUUAAUUUUUUAUUAUAAAAUAAUAAAUUAGUUAGAGUUAAAGUAGUGAAAAUUAAAUCUUCAAAUCACGCAGACAGAAUCCAAUAAUUUAUUUGAGCUCUUCUAAAAAUAGAUCGUGCGUGCCAUGUCUAUAUAAUGCUAUAACAUGCAAAGAAAAACAGUUUUCUGACCGGUUUCCCGAUGACCUUUAUACAAUUAUAGGAAAUACCCAUACCCAAUUCGCAAAUUCUAACCAGUUUUUUUUAUUCAUCGAUUUAUCGGUUUUCGUUUAAGAGUGCAAAUUGAAGACAUAUACUAUAAAGGCGUGAUCCGGAUUUCAGUUCACUUAAAUGUUAGUAAGACGAUCCUUUUUUUGUUGCAUAAUAGGCACAUAACUAGUGCUCUAUUAACGCACAUAUGUUGACCUUUUCAACCCGAACGGUAAUUGCCGUUGCCCUAACCAAUUAAUAUAGGGGAGCCACAGAAAUCGCAGAAAUCAACGUAAGUUUCUUAUGUGCAUCAAUACAAAUUUUACACGAAUUAAAUCAAUUUUUCUCAACUAAAAUAUGAAAGUAUAAAUCAAUGCUUCCCAACUAAAAACAUUGAUUUAUACGAAACGUGUACAAAACGAAUGAAAACAAGAAAGGAAGCUAGCUUCGGCAAGCCGAAGAUUCUAUACCCUUGCAGAUCGUUCCCAUGAGAGCAUUGUAUGAACAGAGCUUUCCGAUUUUUGUAAGACUAAAAACUAAUUACAGAUAUUUUAAGAUUGCUUUGUAUUAUUUUGACAUUAAUUAUCCGAUCGUUUUUAUGACAGCUAUAUUAUAAUGUCGUCAGAUUUUUCAAAAUUGUAUUCAAAGUUCUGAAAUUUCAAAAGAAUUAUAUUCCUAAAUUUAAAAAAAAAAUUUUUUUUAUCAUUCCUAUGGGAGCUACUGGAUAUAGUUGUCUGAUGCGACUCUUUCCGACCUAUGUACUACCUGUAUUAGAAAUAAGACUUUUGGGAAGGUUUCAUCCCGAUAGCUUUAAAACUGAGAGACUAGUUUGCGUAGAAACGGACAGACGGCCAGACAUACGGACAAGCGGACAUGGAUAGAUCGACUCGUCUAGUGAUGCUGAUCAGGUCGAAAACGUCUCCUUCACUGCAAGGGUAUAAAAAAAUACUGUCCACUAACAAAUUUUUUUGUGAUGAAACUUUUACCAAAAGAUUUAAAACAAAGGCUUAAACCACAUUUUGUAUUUAUUACUCGGUCUUAAUUUGUCACCAUAGAAGUUUUAUUUAUUGAACAUCAAUACCACUAUUACAUUGAAUUAAAAUAAGGAUUAACGAUCUAACAGCCUUUAAGUUUGGGUUGUUUUAAAUUAUAUUACUCGAAAAAACAGGAAAAAAAGUUAAUGACUAACUAAAACCAGAAAUAAAAAGUUAGAGUGGGUGUUACUUGACAUUAACGUGUCCCACAGACCUUUUAAUGAAAACCAAGUUUUGUCGCAUUGUUUUUUCCAAAAUGUCUUGUUUGUAUACACUUCGUGGACAAGAGUAAAAAAGCAAUUCUGGAGUACCUUUUUUACAAAAAACCAACAAGGAAAAAUCCGGAGAUCGCCGAUUAUAGAGAUAUAAUCUAAUCAAUUUUAAAUUUACAUACGAAAAAUGCAAUCCUUGUAAGGAAAAAAUUAUUUUAUUUUCGAUAUUUAAAAAAAAGGUUACAAACCAAAAAAUCAUUCUACCUAUAAAAAUUUUAUCAAUAUUCUCAUAUUAAAUCUAUCAUUGCCAUCAAUCUUAAAUUCUCUAUAAUCGGUCAAGACUUUUUUAGUUUAAAAAUCCGUACCUCUGUUGAUCUGGCGAUCAUUUUCAUGAAGACGUUCGGGUUUUGUUUUUUUUUUAUUUGUAUAACUCUUAGCUCAAAUAUGUAUACCCGUUACUCAUAAGAAGAAGGACGUUUCCGACCCUAAAAAGUGUACAUAUUCUUGAUCAGGAUCACUAGCCAAGUUGAUCCAGCAAUAUCCGUCUGUCAGUCGUCUGUCCGUUGAACACUGUGAUCUCGGGCAUAAAAAUGGCUAGAGAGUUGGGAUAAAACAUACAGAUUGCUCUUGCGCAGUGCACGUUGGAUGCGUUUCUGUCUGUCUAUAUGAAUACUUGUACUUCGCUGACCAUAAGGCGCAGCUCGCAAUAGUUUGGAAAUUCAGACACCGCCAAAUUGAUUCAGGGCUUAUGUAAAGUAAAGUUACUGCCUGCAAAAUAGUAGUGUGGACAUAAUUAGAUCCUAAAUUCUGAACAUUGUAGAGAUUGGUGGGGGAUUUGAUGGUGAUGAAGUAAAUAUAAUGUAUGUGAAACCUUACUUUAAAGAGGAUAUUGAGUUCCGGGUAUAUCAUAGUCCCUCGGCCCUUCGCUAUUGCGUCGUUUGUUUUCUUAUUAAUUAGUAUUAAAUCUGUUGAGUGCCACUUAGAGUAAUACUUCUAAUGUAUUUUAAAAAUGUAUGGAUUCUGCUAAAUAUUAAAUCGAGUUUAUUGUAAUUUGGGAACGUUCUAGGCAAGUUUUCGAAAUUGUUAAAGCUUCUAGUAAUAAUAUGUUAAAUAUUAUAAUACAAGUUAAAAUAACUCCUAAACGCGUUUUUAAAACAAAAAUUUCAAUGUGAUCACGUAGAAUAUAAAACUUACUAAGUACGAUGAACAUGCAUAGCAAAAUUAAAACAUAAAUCGAAGCGAAGGUUAAAUUUCCCAAAGGAAUAUCGUGUACAGAUUGUGUGUGCUAAAAAAUUAGUGCUAUUAAUUAUUUAGUAUUUAAAGUUGUCAGAUUUCAAUUUCAAUGAAAAUUCAUUGGAUUGUUAUGAAACAUUUUUAAGUUUGCUUUUGUUAUAAUAUUCACAUUUAUAUAAACGAGAGCCAGUUUACUAGAUGAAUUAAAAACCAUAAAUAAUUAAAAUUAAUUUACUUUAUUGUAAUACUAUUGAUACUAAAGAAGCCGACAAAGUCCUAUAAAUUCCCCUAGUAGAGUCGAUGUUAAUCUGACUAUAAACAAAAAAUCUUUAUAAAUAUCGGGCAAUUGUAAGCGGCAAUAUGUUACAGAGGACCCAACCAAUUAGUAAAAUAUAAAAAUUGGGUUUGUCUUAAAUGUUGUUGGGCAAGAAUGCAUACUGUGUAUUUUAAGAGUUUUGUGAAUAUAAUAUGGAAAUAAAGUUGAA